AUGCAAUACAUUUAAUAUCAUCCUCAAAUUAUAGAGGAAUUUAAAAUGAAUGAGGCCAGGAGUUUAUUCUAAACUAUGGAAGGUUCAAUAAUGUAGAAGUUUGAAGAUAAGGAAUCUUUCGAAGAAUUACUAUUACUUUACAAUCAUAAAAAAAAAGAAUUAGUCUAAUAGCAAAUUCAAUUUGGUUUAAAUUCUCUUUUAAAUGAUAAUAAAUAUAUUCUAUUGUGCAAGUGUUAUUAUGAAAUGAGAUAUACUAAACUGAAGUAAAACGAGGGGUUUUAUAUUGUGACCAUAUAUAAUUCAAAAGGAAAGGAAUACUUAAUAAUAAGUAAUUCUAAUUCGUUUACUAAAAUCGAGACUGCGAUAAAAAGGUUUUGUAUAAGUAAAGGUUUUUUAAAUAAAUAUCAUAUAAUUGAAUAAAGAAAUUAUCUACCAUUUGUUUAAAAUUAUAAAGUAACCAUAUUUUUAUCAAAUAGAAUCAAGAGUUGUGUAGUAUUUUAUAAAUAGAUAAGAGAUAAAUUCAUACUGAUUUAGACUGGGAGUAGUUUUAUAAUAGUAUUAUUAUAAUGAAUUAUUUCAGUGAAUAAACAAAAAUAGUUAAAAUUUACGAAGAAAAUUCAAUGUAUUAUUUAUUUUUGAAAUGCAUGAAAUUAUAAUCAUUAGAAUCUUUGAUCCUUGAAGAUUUUGAAUUUAGAGAACCACCUUUAGUUUGCAUAAUCUAUCUCAUUCUUUAAACUUUACAAAAAUAUAGAAACCUGGGAAUAUAUCAUGGGAAUGUUAACUUAAAAUCAAUCUAUGUGAAUAUAUCAGGUGCUGUAUUAUAAAUAAUCCUUUUAUUUCCUAAAUAUUUGUCCAAUAAUAACAAAGGCACAUAGCUGGAUUUGUAAAAUCUAGGAUAAUUACUUUAUUAAAUAACAUUUUAUGAAAAAAAGGAUAAAAUUAAAUAAUUUAUAGAUCAAAAACUAAUUACAUAGUAAAAAUAAUUAUUUUUAAACAUGAAUGCAGAAAAUAAGCAAUUCAAAUUCUUGUAUAGAAUUAGUUAGUUAGAUUUACUGAGCCAAUUACUUACCCAAAAUAUUUCGAUUGAAAAUGCAUUAAAACAUUAAUGGUUUGUAACUGUAAAAUAAAAUCUAAAAACAGAAUUUGUUAAGGAAACAAAAGAACGCUUAAAUUUGCGUACUAUAGUCGAAUCAAAUAAUGAAUUAAGUAUGACUCUAUCAAUGGACAAAAGACUUUCGACCAAGGAAUUUGCUGAGUAUGGUAUAUUAAAUUAAUUAUAGUGAAUUCAGAAAUCGAAGAUGAAUUUCCAGUAAAAUGCUCAAUUUUAAAUCCAUUUUAGAUGAAUCCCUCAAAAUAAAAACAUGACAAUUUUGUUUAAAAAUCAAAAAGUUUUUCAAGUUAUGAUCUAAAUUUAGUAAAUAAAGAAAAAUUCUUUGCAAAUAAUUAAUCUUUUAUUAUUUAAUGA